AAUUCUGCUAAGUUGAAGAGCAGGCAGUGUGCACUUGGCUGGAGAGAGGAGAUCCAAGCCCAUUCUCCAGUGCCAGUCAGCGGAGGACUCAGCAAUGUGGGAGCAGUAGUGAGUUCUAUUGUUCGCCUCCAAACCUGCAGUGCCUUCUCCACCCACCUCAUCAUUGUCCUACCCUUUCAGCAUUUAGCCUUCAAUCCUUCAAGGGGGGGUUCAGGAUGGCUGACAAGAGGCAACCUGGCCGGCAGAAUGAGGGGGAGGAGGUCCCAUCUUUCUUCAAGAACAUGGGAUCUGGGAGUCCCAAGCCCAGGCAGAAAUUCUGUGGGAUGUUCUGUCCAGUAGAAGGUUCUUCAGAAAAUAAGACCAUCAAUUUUGGCUCUCUGUCAGCAGCCAAAGGCUCUGGGAAAAUUAUUAGCCAGCAGAAGGAUGUAACCCCCUCUGAUGGGAAGAAGAUUGAGAUCAAGUGUUCCUCUGGCAAGGAAGCCCUUCAGUACCACAAUGACAAGAGUGAUCGACUCCUUAUCAAAGGAGGUAAGAUCGUCAAUGAUGACCAGUCAUUCCAUGCUGACAUUUACAUGGAGGAUGGGGUAAUUAAGCAAAUUGGCGAGAACCUGAUUGUGCCGGGAGGAGUGAAGACCAUCGAAGCUCAUGGACGGAUGGUGAUGCCGGGUGGGAUUGAUGUCCACACUUGCUUCCAGAGACCUUGCAAUGGAAUGGUAUCAGCUGAUGAUUUCUUCCAGGGAACCAAAGCAGCUUUGGCUGGAGGCACCACCAUGAUCAUUGACCAUGUUGUGCCAGAGCCAGGGACCAGCCUGCUUACUGCUUUUGACCAAUGGAGGGAGUGGGCAGACAGCAAGUCGUGUUGUGACUAUUCCUUGCACGUGGACAUCACGGAGUGGCACAAGGGCGUACAAGAGGAAAUGGAGGCACUGGUGAAAGACCACGGUAUUAACUCCUUCCUGGUGUAUAUGGCAUACAAGGAACAAUUCCAGCUGACAGACUCCCAGAUCUAUGAGGUUUUCAGUGUGAUCAGGGACAUUGGUGCCAUUGCACAGGUGCAUGCCGAAAAUGGUGAUAUCAUCGCUGAGGAGCAACUGAGGAUCUUAGAACAAGGAAUCACUGGACCCGAGGGACAUGUACUGAGCCGGCCGGAGGAGGUGGAGGCAGAAGCUGUCAAUCGCUCCAUCACCAUCGCCAACCAGACCAACUGUCCUCUCUAUAUCACCAAGGUGAUGAGCAAAAGCUCAGCUGAAGUUAUUGCACAGUCCAGGAAGAAAGGAGCUGUAGUGUAUGGAGAGCCAGUGACGGCAAGUUUGGGCACUGAUGGCUCCCAUUACUGGAGCAAAAACUGGGCAAAGGCAGCAGCUUUUGUUACAUCUCCGCCUCUGAGCCCCGACCCCAGUACCCCCGAUUUCCUCAACUCCCUGCUCGCCUGUGGUGACUUGCAGGUUUGUGGGAGUGCACACUGCACUUUUAACACAGCUCAGAAAGCUGUUGGAAAAGACAAUUUCACUCUAAUUCCAGAAGGGACCAAUGGAGCGGAGGAGAGAAUGAGCAUCGUGUGGGACCGAGCUGUGGUGUCAGGAAAGAUGGAUGAAAACCAAUUUGUAGCUGUCACCAGCACCAAUGCUGCCAAAAUCUUAAACCUGUAUCCCCGGAAAGGACGCAUUGCUGUGGGAUCUGAUGCUGAUCUGGUGAUCUGGGAUCCAGAUAGUAUAAGGACAAUCUCGGGCAAGACGCACAACAGCGCAGUGGAGUACAACAUUUUCGAAGGGAUGGAGUGCCGUGGGAGCCCCCUAGUAGUGAUUAGCCAAGGAAAGAUUGUUCUUGAGGAUGGUAACCUUCACGUUACUGAGGGAUCUGGGCGGUACAUUCCUAGGAAACCCUUCCCAGACUUUGUGUACAAAAGGAUCAAAGCCCGAAGCAGGCUUGCUGAGCUGCGAGGGGUUCCUCGAGGGCUGUAUGACGGUCCUGUCUGUGAAGUCUCUGUGACUCCAAAAGCGGUAACACCCGCAUCCUCUGCCAAGACAUCUCCUGCCAAACAACCAGCACAGCCAGUAAGGAACCUGCACCAGUCUGGAUUCAGUCUGUCAGGUGCACAGGUUGACGACAAUGUUCCUCGCCGCACUACUCAACGCAUUGUGGCGCCUCCCGGUGGCCGUGCCAAUAUCACCAGCCUAGGUUAAACCUAGAGUAAUUCUCCUGCCCCGGGAUUCCAUUCCUUUACCGAGACAAAUUACUCCAACAGAUUUACCGAUCCUUGGCAUUUUUAGUAUCAGGGGCAGUGACUUUCAUAGGAGCAGAAACCAACCGUCCAGGAGACUCCUAGUGCGACAUCGCACACGCAUAGUGCGACAUUCGUACAUAUCUACUUAUACAUGUGACUUGCAAGUGUGUUCGCUGCAAGUGCCAGUUUGUAUGUUUGAAUGUGUGUACAUAAAUAUAUGGAGUAAUAUAUUGAUAUACACACAGAGAUUUUUCUCCUGGACUUUAUUGGGAUGACUUAGACAGCCCCGCAAAAUCUGGUUUUCCUAGUGCCCAUUCAUCCCCCCUUUAUCUCACCCCCCCACUGGUAUUCUUUCAUGUUAUUGUGAAAGGUCACAUGAGCAGAAACAUCUCAACUCUGUAGAGGUUCUUCAGGCAUAUGCUGAGGUUAGGGAAUACAGCUCUAUAACUGCAUUUAUUAUUAAAGGGGAACUCCAGUCAGGAUAAUCAUGGUUAGCAAACUUGUAUAUCAGAUUAUGUGCAUUUUCUCCUUUUUUUUUAAUUGCAAGCUGCAGAGAUACAUGUACAGUUAAUUACAAAGUCCGUUCCAAGAUGAAGAUUACAGAUUUGCAAUGAGAAGCAUGUGUGGAUGUGUCCCUUGUAAGACCAGAUGGCAUAGUAUGCAGUGGCUAAAUGUGUUCAGAAGCAUGGCGAUGUUACAGGCAGGCUUUUGCUACUGUUAGAAGCUUAUCAAUUUUUUUUAGCAGUUCCUUUGUUUUUCAAAUGGUGCAUCUAAAAACCCAGACAUAAAUACAUAGCUGUUUACCUAGGUACCUGGAAUACAGAUUUGUAAUGCACGGUCUGGAGUCCUCCUUUAGGUAUCUAAAGAAGAUGUUUUUAUGUCAUGGUUUUUACUACUCUUUGAUCUGAAAACAGUUUACAAGCCAGUAAUGGCAUUUUAUUUGCUGCAAUAUAUCUCAUACCUAGCUGUUGUGGUCACAGUAAAUAACAGACACAGGUGCAGUCCGGUUCCUUUUUCAGCACUCCAGCUAUUUACCGUCUAAUGACAUUCUGCAGGUUUUAGUUUUUUUGGGGGGAUUCUCUAUACUGGACGUUUGUCUCCCUAUUCUGAUUACUGAUCGGCAGUUCUAAGCUAGUCAAUAGCAGAAAACACCUUAAUGCGUAGUGACGCUAAGGACCUCCUGGGUGGCAACGCCAGAUGUGGGUGUUGGGUUGUUCGAGGGUAUCCCGGUGCUGACAUCGCAGGGUAGAUGUUCCAUUCAACCAGUUUUUAACCCAUUGUGGGAUUUGUGGUUGUGUUCCUGAGUGCAGGAGAUGUUGUGCUAAUGCUAAUAAAUGUGUCUAGAAUGAAAAUGUGCUCUCUCUCCGAUGUCUUAAAUAGCAAAGAGAUAAGUCUUGUGUCUUUUUUUCCCUGUAAAACACUGUGUUCUUAUUUCUUAUCACAGGAUCCACUAAUAAAAUGUUGUGCUUUCA